GAUGUGUAGAUCUCCUCUCUCUUUCUUCAUGAUCAUGUGUUAAGAGUGUGUUAUGAUUUGUUUUCAUCAAAUUUAGUUAGGCUUUUUUAUUUGUAUUGUGUUUUUAUUGUGUACAAGCAAAAACAAACAUGAAACGAUUACUUUAUAAAUUAUUAGUUUUCAUGCCAAUAGUAAAAAUGCGAAAAUGUUGCAGCAUAUUAGGAUCCUCCUUAUUUCUGACGUUGAUCUUUGUCAUUAUCUACACUUAUAAAUCUAAUAAGGAAACACUGACGCUCAGCUUAAAGCAACAAAUUGUAAAAGAAAGGUUUUCUGUAGAAAUAAACAGGACUACUGAAAAAGAAGUUGUGUUCAAGAAUUUAGAACAGCAUUCUGAAAUCAAAGUUUCGCCUAGGAAUAUAGUCUCGACAGCUGAAGCAGAAGUCGUGCGUCAAUCUAUUGGACAUAUAGUUUUACAAGGUCCAAUUCAACCAAAUAAAAAUGUUUCGAAUGGACAGGAGAAUAAAACAGAUAAACUUGUAAAAGUGACACCGAAUGACAAAAUCAACAAUUCAGACAAUGUUACGCUGCCUUUUUUUGUUGACUCAAAAAAUGAAACUGGUCCAGGAGAAGGUGGCGUUGAAGUACUCGUCAAAGACAUCCCAGCACAAGACAAAGCUCGAUAUGAUGAGGGCUGGCAGAAGAACAGUUUUAAUGAAUACAUCGGUGAAAAGAUCUCAAUACACAGGAGUCUACCACCGUGUAUGUCUGAUGCAUGCAAACGUUACAUCCAGUCCUACAACGGGACUAGGGAUGAAUUAGGCGUUGUGUUCGUCUUCCACAACGAGGCCUGGACGACUCUCCUCCGGUCUGUGCACAGCGUGCUCUCAAGGACACCGGAACACAUUCUUCGCGAAAUUGUUUUAGUGGAUGAUGGAUCUACAUCAGAUUUACUGAAGAAGCCACUAGAAAAAUAUUUCAGUCAUUUUCCAAAAGUCAAAAUAGUUCGCAACACCAAGCAACAAGGUCUGAUUAGAGCUCGAUUGUUGGGAUUCGCCUCAUCCACAGCACCUGUGAUGGUAUUUCUGGAUUCUCAUAUCGAAUGUUUCCCAGAUUGGUCUGAGUCUAUACUGAUUCGAAUCGGCCAGAACAAAAAAGCUGUGGUAUUUCCUAACAUACCUGCCAUUGACGCCAAGACAUUUCAGUUACUCUGCUAUAAAGACAUUUGGAGCUAUGGAAUUUUUAACUAUUACAAUCUGAUGUUUAACUGGGCUUCUAUUCCACCUCGAGAACUCCAAAGACGCAAUGAAAGCGGCGGCUCCGUCAGAUCUCCGACGAUGCCAGGUGGACUGUUUGCUAUCUCGCGAGAUUUCUUUAAUGAAUUAGGGACGUAUGAUCCGGAAAUGGAGUUUUGGGGCGGAGAGAAUCUUGAACUGUCUUUCAAGACAUGGAUGUGUGGCGGGAGUUUAGAAAUGGAUCCUUGCUCUGUGAUUGGUCACGUUUACAGGACGCGUCAGCCAAUCCAUGGAAGUGGUCAGCAAACAUUCAAAAAUGUCAUACGUGUAGCAGAAGUCUGGAUGGAUGACUAUAAAAAUUAUUUUUAUGAAUAUAAAAAUUAUACGACGGUGGACUAUGGUGACGUGUCUGACAGGAAAAAGUUAAGAGAAAAUCUGAAAUGUCAAAGUUUUGAGUGGUACAUAAAAAACAUCUACCCUGAAUUGGUUUUCCCCUCAGAUAAUAUACAGUUCGCUGGGCCUAUCAAAAGUUUGGCCGACGUUUAUAAGUGUCUCGGUGGCCGGGGAGACUCAGGGGCUUACCUUGUCAACUGUAUUGGAGGCUACGAUGGUCAUUUCUGGUAUUUCACCACAGAUGGUCAGAUCUAUCAGUACUCAGGUCAUGUCUGUGCUUCCAAUACUUCAGCGGUCAUUCUUCAAAAGCCAGGCUGCAGCGACAAGGGAAAGUGGGAGUAUACACAGAACAAACAAAUCAGACAUUUACCUUCAAGCCUUUGUCUUACAGCUGAACACCAAAAACAACUGAUACUGUCUCAGUGUAACAGCGCCAAUGUCUGGCAGACGUGGGGGCUACAAAAACGCAGAAGUGACCUCAAUUUUCCGAAAUAAAACAUCGCCCCUUGAUAAA